AUGUUGGGGUGUCCGUGUGCCUGGUGUGUUCUGGGGUUCAUCGGUAUCAUAUGUCUUCCUCUCUCUACAGACCCGGUGUGGGUGUCCUGCAAUGUUGGGGUGUUCGUGUGCCUGGUGUGUUCUGGGGUUCAUCGGAUACCAUCCAUUGGCAGAGUGAAAUCAACUCAGCUGGAUUACGUGGAGCAUGACCUGAUAGAGUUCAUGAGAAGUCAUGGAAAUCUGAGAGCCAAGGAUGAGUAUGAAGCCUGUGUGCCCCCAUUCUACUACCGACCAACAGAGAAGGAUUGCAUGGUAUUGAAGGAGCAGUGGAUCCGAGCGAAGUACGAGCGGAAGGAGUUCACAGGAGAGAAGGAUUGUGUCUACUCUGUAGAAUAUAAAGAAGGCUUCCUGUGGAAGAAGGGAAGAGACAAUGGACAGUUCCAGAAGAGACUCUUUGUAUACUCUGAGAACGAGGGAGUCCUGAAAUAUUACACUGGGGACAAAAGAUCGGGUCCCAAAGGAAAGUUCCCGAUACAAACUUUGAACGCCAUGUUCCAGGGGGGAAACAUCGAGCACCAGCACGGCCUGGAGGUCACCUGUGUUCAGGACGCACGCACUCGCAGCAUCUAUGUCUACCAUGACGAUGGCCAGGUACUACGAUUUCUGGAUUAA